GGAACUCGAUCACAGGAAACCCCGCGCGUUGCUGAAACCGAAAGAAAGAUGCGACGGCUCUUGUCUCCCAGCAAAGGCCGGGGUGAGAGCCAAGUGAGCCAAGCCGAAGGCCGCGACGUUGGCGGUGAUGCUAGCACAAGUGAGUCGCCACUUCGUAGCACGAGCUCGUUCCGCGUCGGUUCGUUCUUUAACAAAUCGCCCGAGAGGUCCACCGCGCCAAGCGACGAGAAGAGUCCGACGAAGAAAAAAGGCUUUGGCUUUGGCAAUUUUACAACGCCCAAGUUUAGUCUUGGUAACCUCAACCCGCUCAAGCGCAGUCCCAAGAAGGGCGCCGUCGCCAAAGGGGGCGUGCCCCCGCCGCCCGACCGGCCCAUCGCACUGCUCUUUGCGAGUGCCAAGCACAAGUCGCAUCUUCAGCACGUCUGCAGCUACCUUCCGUUCCCGUCGCUUGGGCGGUUGGCCGAAGUGUCGAUGACGCUCCAAGAUUUUGUACUGGACGUGCUGCAGACACCACUUCUUCUCGCAUCGUACCGGACUUCGAUCCCGACACGGUAUUUUCUCUACCAGACGCUCCUUCGCGAUCACUUACUUUCCCGGAAUCGAAUCGCCACCGAUGUCGACAUCCCAAAGCACGUGCUCUCGUAUCUCAACCUCAAGGACCGGUUGAAUUUGACGCUGGUGUGUCGGCGCUUUCUCGGAAUCGUGGGUUCGAUGGACCUGCGGUUGUGGGGGCAGCACCAAGGUCAUGCCUUUGUGCGUGGCUACGACAUUGAGAGCAAGGCGUUCUGGCUCGUACGGCACCGUUAUGCUCGCACCACGACCAUUUCAUUGAACUACAUGACUUCGCCACAAGUCCAAGUGUUUUUAUAUGCACUCGCGCACGGCUGCUUCCCCAAAGUGACCCAUUUUCACCUCGGCCACGUCGACUUCGUCGAAUCGCCACUUCAUUUGUGCACGCAGCUGCUCGAGGCACUGGACCAAGCGCAACUGUGGGCUCAACUGGAGAGUUUGUCACUUCAAGGUUGUGAUUGGACGCUUCCUGGGUACGCAGCGUUGUUUGCCCAUCUUUUUCAGCGACCGAGCGACCGCUUGCGUCACUUGGAUCUCUCGGACAAUGCACUCGAACACCUGAACGUGGUGCGACUCUCGCCGUGGUUUGUUCGAGAACAUGUAACUGGGCUGACAUCCUGGACUCUCCGCAAUACAACGCUCACAAGUGCGAGCUUUCCCGAGGUCCUCACCUGCCUCGAACACCUUCCUGCGCUUGAAGCGCUGGAUAUUUCAGCCAACGACUUGAGCAUUGACGCGUGGGAUGCGCUUGGCGUCUACUGCACCUCGCCUCGUAGUGUGUUUGCCCACCUCGUUGAAUUCAACUGCAGCGGUACUAGCUAUAACGUUGCGGGGAUGCUCGUCCUCUUUCGCGCGCUCUCGUCCGUCGACUGCAUGCAUUUAACGACGCUCGACGUCAGCGGCAAUUUCUUCUGCAAAGACAGUGUUGCGGCGCUGGCCAAAUGCUUGGUACUGGAGCGCAUCCCGCGUCUCCGGCACCUCAACCUCGCGCGAACACAACUGACGACCGAGAGCUUUCCGCUGCUGACACAGGCGUUUGCUGGAAAAUGGUUUUAUAUUCAGAGUGCACAGCGCUACGAGGCCAUGCCAGGGCAAACGCUAACAUAUCUCAACAUCUCGGGCAACGUCAUUGGGGCGGGUAUGACGGCGCUGUGGACAGCCAUGACCGCGUCGGCGUUGCGCUCGCUCGAAACGCUGAUUGUGUCGUACACGCACUUGGCGAUGCAAGAAUUCAACGCGAUGGCUCAAACGUUUCGACGCGGCCGUUGGUGCCCCGCCCUGCGCUACAUCGACUUGAGUGGAAAUGCACCGAAAAGCACAGGGAUCAUUCGCUUCGCAUCGUUCUUUCAGUCGACAACCGCACAGCAGCUGCGGCACUUGGACUUGAGCUACAACGAUGUGGACUCGGCGACGCUGGACCGGCUCAUCGAUGCGAUCGAAGCGUCGUGUUGCCCGUCGCUUCUGCAUCUCAACGUCAGCCGCAAUUUACCGCUGCAAGGAACGACAAUCGCUCACCUCAACCAAAUGGUGCGAGGUCCGAGCUGCCCGAGCUUGCGCUGCUUGCUCAUGGGAGACACGGCAACGCCGGACGCGGGGUAUGCGCUGGUCAAGCACAUUCGAAGCCACCAGAGCCCGGCCGCACUCGAGCGCCGACGAGAGGAACUCCGCGCGGCCAAGCGCGAAGCGUUCGAGGCAGCGAGUCGCCAAGCCGCGAUCGAGACAGACGAGCGUACAAAGAUAAAGUGUGCGAUUCGACGGGCUCUCUACGACCGGCUCGAAGCCGAAGCCGCGCAAGCCAACCGCAUUGCAAGCCCGGGGAAGCGCCACGCGAAGAAGCCAAUCGACGACUUGCCGAUUUUUCGCAAGAUGAACGAAGAGAUUCUCGCGACCCUGGGUGGCGGCUUGUACAACUAAGUGUCAUUGAUUCAAUAUUG